AUGGAUGAUAAAGAAGAAGAUUAUUCCAGUUUAUCAUUGGAUGAAAGAUUGGUCCAUAAAGUUUGGAAAGUAAGAUUACAGGCAUAUGAUGAAUUGGCAGCAGAAUUUGAAAAGUCACGUAACGAAAAUGAUCCAGUGUUUACCAAUCUUCUGUUAGAUGUACUCAAGAAGAUUAUUUUAGAUUCAAAUGUAGUCGCCCAAGAAGCUGGAUACAAUACAUUUGUCAAGUUUUUAAUUUAUGGAGGAACUGUUUCCAAUGUCAAUAAGUUGAAAAGUUUAGGAAUAGUGGGAUCUAUUUGUGAGAAAGGUUUAUUAUCUACAAGAAAGAAUACCAAAGAAUGGAGUAAUGAAUCCCUUUUGUUAAUGUUGGAAAUCACAAAUGAUCCAAAUUCAAUUGUUGAAGAUAUAUUGCCCUAUUUAACAAAUCGACUUCCAAAAUUAGUCACUGGUUGUGUUGCUGGAUUAGUAUCUAUUUUUGAGAAUUUUGGUUGUAAAAUAAUCUCACCAAAACCUGUCAUUCCUUGUUUGACUAAAUUAUUUGCCCACGCCGAUAAGAAUGUUAGAAAUGAAACUACAAAGUUAACUAUUGAAUUGUACAGAUGGAUGGGUGAUGCUUUGUCGAAUAUCUUAUUCCCCGAUUUGAAGCCAGUGCAACAAAAAGAUUUAACUGCUGCAUUUGAGAAAGAAACUGGUAAACCAGCAACACAAAAGAGAUUGACUAGAAAACAAAAAGAAGAAAUUGAAAGACAAAAAGAAUUAGAAGCUGCUGCUGCUGCUGCUGCUGCUGCCGCCGCCGCUGCCACUACAACCACCGACGGAGAUGAUGUGGAAAUGACUGAUGCUGGUGAUAAUUAUAAUCAAGAAGAAGCACAAGAUUUUGAUCCGUUGGAAUUUGUUGAUCCUGUGGAAGUUUUGAGUAAAUUUCCUUCUGACUUUGAAUCAAGAAUUUCAUCCAGUCUUUGGAAAGAUAGAAAAGCAGUUUUGGAAGAGGUUGUGCCAGUUUUGGAAAAAUCCCCUAAAUUGGUCACUCAUGAUGAUUACUUGCCAGUUUUAAGAAUAUUUGCUAAAUGUAUGAAAGAUGCUAACAUUCAGGUUGUACAAUUGGCUGCCAACUGUAUCGAAUUUAUUGCAAAAGGCUUGGGACACGAGUUUUCCAAAUAUCAAUCAGUAGUGAUAACACCAGUCGUGGAAAGACUCAAAGAAAAGAAACCAUCAGUUGCAACAGCUUUGGAUAAUGUUUUGGAUACCAUUUUUGGUAUAUCAGGUUUCCAUGGCGGGGUUUUAGAAGAAGCAGUAAAUGGUAUGAAAUUAAAAACCCCUCAAAACAAGAUUGCAUCAGCUAAUUUUAUCAAAAGAUGCUUAUCGAAUACCAAAGUGCCACCAAAGACAGCUGAAAUAGAUCUCAUUAUGGAAGGUGGUGUCAAGCUUUUAAGCGAAUCACAGGAGCCAAUUAGACAGGCCGCUACAGAAAUGAUUGGUACAUUGAUGAAAAUCACUGGUCCUCGAGAGUUGAAUGGAUUUCUUGAGAAGGUUGAUGAGAAUAGAAAAUCUAAAAUUAAUGAUUAUUAUGAAAAGAAAGCACAAGUUAAGACUUCAAUAGGUGGUAGCAGAGGAGCAUCCACUGCCCCAGCUUUGAAACCUUCUACGUCAACAUCUUCUAGACCUGCUGCAAGAUCACAACCAAAACCAACAGGUUCUUUUACAACAAUACCAGCUAAACGUUCAGCUUCAUCUCCAGUAAAGCGUGAUGAUGUUAAAACUGGAAGAGGAAUGACAGCUAGAUCAUUAGCCAAGCCAAAUUUGCGUCCUCCAAGUGCAACAGCUGAGGCAUCAUCAACUGCACAAUAUUCAGCUUCUGAUAAUGUUGUACCCCUGCCGCAAUCAGCUGCUUCUUUUGAAGAGAUUACGCUUUUAAAGCAACAAAUUGCUGGUUUACAAGAAGAUAAAAAUAACUUACAGCAUCAACAAGAGUUGAAUUUGAAAUCUAUAAACUCUUUAGAAGAAUCAAACAAGCUUUAUCAAGACAAGAAUGAGUCAUUAAAACGAGAAUUAGAUAAUGAAAAGAGAAAUGCAUUGAUUACGUCCAACCAUAAGGAUACCCAUAUUAACAACUUGAAAUUAGAACUUGAAAAAGCCAACUACAAGAUUAAAGAUUUAGAACAAGAGAGAGAAAUCAGUAGAUUACACCAAUCUAAUCUUGCGUUUGAAAGAAGUAAUAUGAGUAGCAGUCAUUCCAGAAAUAGUUUCUACAAACCAAACACAGCCGCAUCUAAAUUUAUGUCUAGUGAUAUCAGCACUGGUGUCAAGCGAUUAUCUAUUGGUAGCGAGGAGAAUCAAAACUUUGCCAGUGGAAAUGGUAAUGGGUUAUCAACAGGUAAUGGAACUAGCAAUAGCAAUAACAAUAGUAAUCCUAGUACAAUUAUUAAUGCCAAUAGUUUCCGUUCUAGUAUGAGCUAUGGUAGUCCAUCUGUUGUUCCGACAAAUAGUAGAGAGUCAAUGGAUGUUGAUAACGGAGCUGAUUGGAAACGUGCUGCUGAAGUUACUAUGCAAUUAAAGGCAAGAAUUGAAAGAAUGAAAGCUAGAACUCGUGCACCUUUGAAUCUUGAGUAG